AUGCUUAAAUCGUCACCGGAAGUCGAGGAUAUCGUCCAGAAAUGUUCGGAGGAUGUAGAAGCUUGUAGAGCUCAUACGUUCUUUGCCGCUUGUGUAACGCUGGCCUCCGAGAAGAUUGACAAGCAAAAGAGAGUUUCUUGCGGGACGCUUAUUGAAUUUGCUGAUGUGAUGACAUGUAUAUACCAAUCGCGUUUGCUCCCGGACAACUUUAGUUUGAGUCAAUUUUUCGAAUUGGUGGACGAUUAUGAGAACGCUAAAGUGGUCGGUGACCUCAGAAUAAAGCAGCGAUCACAUCUUGCAUCAUUGACCAAAGCGAGAGAUCUAGCCAGAAGUCAUCCCGAACUGAUCUCACUUUACCACCAUCUG